CGCAGUUUAAUUUUCCCCUAGUUUCAAAUUUCUACCAACGUUUUAUAUCAAUGUAUGUAUUUUAUCCCAAUACGCUUUUAAAUAGAUCAUUUUUUGAUAAAUGUUUACAAAGAUUGAGCUAUAUGCUUCAUGAUGAAUUAUUGUGCUGGGAUAUCAGAAUAGGAUUAGAAAUUCAUAUAAAAUUAUUGAAUUUAGCCAAAAUAUUUUCUAAUUCGUCAGCCAAUUUUGUACAAAUUCCAAAUCAUCAUGUAACACCUGUAGAUAUUGGGUUUCCUGGAACGUUACCUUUGGUAAACAUUAACAGCAUUAAGAAAGCUCUUACCUUGGCAAAAAUUUUAGAUUGCCAUAUAAAUUUUUCAUCAACAUUUGACCGCAAGCAUUACAUAUAUCCAGAUUUAGCACAAGGAUAUCAAAUUACACAAAAAACACCACUGGCUCAAAAUGGAUAUUUAGAGUAUAUUAAGUGGAAUCCUGCACACCAAACUAAAGCUGAAUAUAGAAAAGUCAAAAUUCAAAAAAUUCAUAUAGAAAAUGAUAGUGGAAAAAGUAUCUAUGGCCACAAAAAUUCUCGAUUAAUAGAUUUUAAUAGAUCUGGCGUUGGUCUAUUGGAAUUAGUUACCGAACCUACAUUUAACGAUAGCGAGGACUGUGCGAGUUUUUUAAGGGAAUUGAUAGAGAAAUUAACAAACGCGGGAUUGAAUGAUGGAAGAUUGGAUAGGGGAUCUUUAAGAGUUGACGCGAACCUACACGUGUAUCCAAUAUUUAAUAAUAACAACCGAAAUAACAUUAUUCCAAGAUGCGAAAUUAAAAAUAUGAAUAGUGUAAAACAUUUGGUGAAUGCGAUUGAGUACGAAAUAAAAAGGUAUAAACUAAAUUACGAGGAAAUAAUCGAAAAAACUAAUUUACAAUUUGAAACUCGGUCAUACAAUUCAAACACAGGAAAAACCUACGCCACAAGAGUGAAGAAGAAUUUUUUAGGUUACCGGUAUAUUCCCGAAUACAAUAUUCCUAACUUGAUUUUAACGCAACAACUUUUAAAUUCUCCAAACGUCAAUUAUGAUGAUAAAAAUCGAGAAUUAUAUUAUGACAUCUCUUCAUCGGAUGCAGCAAGAAUAUACAAUAUGAAAUUCGGGUUAACUUUAGAUAAAUCAUUGAAUUUAGCACGGGAUAAAGAUUUAUCGCGCGUAUUUCUUAGAGCAAAUCAAAUGGCGAAAUCGUUUUUCGCCUUAAAAGCUCCUGUUUUCCUCUAUUCAGACAACUCUAUUUACAUAAAUCCUCAUCAUUUAUAUAGUAUUAUUACUACAACUUUAAAAUCAUAUUUGAAUGAUGAUUCAUCUAUAAUUAGUUUUGAGGAUAAUGCAAAAUCAUCUACUAUAUCCCUAUUUGAAAGAAAUAUUGUGAAAAAUUCUAUAACACUCAGCGAAUUAUCAAUAACCUUGAUAUUCUUAUUGGAAUUAGUGCGUCAAGAAAUAAUUACAUUAGCUACCUCUAAAUUGAUAUUGUCUAAGUACUUAGAAAACAAAAAGACGGACAACGAAAAUGGUAUCUUUAAGAAAAAUGUACUUGCUUGGAUUUUAUUAAACAAUUUAAUCCAAAAUACAAAUGCCCCAAUGAUUCGCCAAUCUGUUAAUGAUUAUUUAAAAAUAAAUUCCAAAGUGAAAUUGAAUAAGGCUGAAUUUAAGAAAAAGGCGACCCUAUAUAUAAACAAAAAACACAACGGAACAUUAAAUCCAACCGUUCUCAAUUAUAUGAUAGACGAUGUUUUUGCCUCUAAUUAAAAAAGAAUCGAUUAUGUCAUUAAGACCAAGGUGUACAUAUGAAUUUUUUUUAGUAAACUAUCAAAAUGUCCUAUAUAAUGAAGUAUGUUUUUAUCAAAAAAUUCAUCCUACAAUCCAUCGGUACCUCAACACAUUUCGACACUAUAUCAAAAAAAAUUUAUAAAAAAAUUAUUUGAAAAAUAAAAUAGAAUUAAAAUUAUCAGAUUAUGAAAGGGAUCGGAUUAAUUAUUAAUCCAGUUGUUUAUUAUAAAGUGUUGGGUAUCCAUAUUUUCGUCUAAUAAUCAAGAAAAUGUUGGAAAAACCCCAAAACAAGAUAUUUUUAGCAGACGCAUCCUAUUUAUGCUACACAUAAUUGCUAGAAUUAUUUAUGACUUUUGUGAUUAUGCUAAACAUUUUUUAAGAAAGUUUCAUUAUUAUAAUUCCCUUCAAUUAGACAGUUUAAUUUUAAAAUUGAUAUUUCUUUGUAAUUAUGACAUUUAAAUAAAUAAA